AAAUCCUCGAUUUGAAGUUCUGACACCAUUUUUCCCACCACGCCAAACGAGGAAGCUUUGGUGGAAACCCUAAGAAAACGUUGCCCUUCGAUCUCGAACCGCCGUCCAAUUCAAUCAUUACCGCUGUAAUUCGGGGAAUUCGCCGGCUUCUACAGGGCAUUAUCCAUACUGAGAGGCAGUACGGAAUUGAAUGAUAUUGUUCCAUUUUCACGAUGCCGCCAUUUUUGUCGACGGCUAGGGCCAUUGGAUCUUUGAUGAGGUCUUCGAAGAAAUUCAAUGAGAUUCGAUGCGUCAGUGGCUUUAAACCGGUUCUUGGUCGCAGGGAUCUGUUUGGAAGCGUUAUUCAGACGAGGCGUUUUCUGGGUUGUGGAGACGGAGAAGAGGGCGGUGUUCUGUCGAAAGUGUAUGAGGAGAAGCGCGUUUUAGGGUACUCUCCAGAACAGUUAUUUGAUGUUGUUGCAGCAGUUGACUUGUAUCACGGUUUUGUGCCCUGGUGUCAGCGAUCAGAGAUAAUUAAACACAAUCCAGAUGGAUCAUUUGAUGCGGAGCUUGAGAUUGGUUUUAAAUUUCUUGUUGAAAGUUAUGUUUCUCAUGUGGAGUUAAACAGACCAAAGACUAUAAAGACAACUGUCUCAGAAAGUUCCCUUUUUGACCAUUUGAUAAAUAUAUGGGAAUUCAAUCCGGGACCAAUUCCAGGAACUUGCGACAUUCAUUUCUUAGUGGAUUUUAAGUUCCAAUCCCCACUUUAUCGACAGGUGGCAUCCGUGUUCUUCAAGGAGGUGGUCUCUCGACUGGUUGGUUCAUUCAGUGACCGCUGCCGUUUGAUUUAUGGACCAGGAGUGCCAGUACUUGAAAACCCCAAUGAGCAAAGGCUAUGACGGUUCAUUUUUCAUUCAACUUACUUUGUGCCACAUAAAACCCCCUUGACGGUCUUUCAAGCACAAUUGAGAUCAAGUCAAAUAUUCUUCUCAUGCUGGAUGGUUCUUGUUUUGUACACUGCCCAGCCACCCCCAUUGAUCUUUUGGUGAUUAUAACUUACAAAGAAUUAAGAAUCAUCCUUAUUUUUGUCCAUUUGAUUUUGUUGUGGAUGUAUUUGAUUGUUUUUAGUUGUUUAUGGUUGGAAGAUAAUGCUUUUCAUA